UAUUAUUUCAGAAUCAUAAUAUUUUGCAAAAUGCAAAAUGACAAAUGCAGAUUACAGCAUCGAUGAUGCCUUUGAUUCUGAUGAAGAGGAUAAAAUAAAACUUUAUGGGGCUACAUCUGAUUCUUCUUCAGCCAGGGGCCCAAAGAUAAGGCCAAAAGAGAUACCAAAUUUUCCAGACGGCAUUGAAGAUGUAAAUGGUAGUGGUGGUGGAAGCAUUCCACUUCAAGAAUUUCAGAUUCAUCAUGGUCAAAAUGCACCACUUAUCAAGAAAGAAGAUAGAAAAUCAAAACAUAGUAGUUUUUAUCCUGGUCUACAUGGUGCUACAUCCAGUCAUUCAUUAGCUACAACAUGGUCAAGUGAAACUAUUGUCUCAACAAAGUCUUUUGGAAGCUAUGACAGUUGGUUACGACACCCUAAAGUACGAGAAAAUUGGCGGUUAGUCGUGGGUUCUAUAGCUUUAACCAUUAUAGGUAUAGCCCUUAUAAUAUCUGGAGUAGGAAUAUUAGCUUCUUCCAACAGAGGUAUCCAUUGCCUUGUUUUCUUUGUAAUAGGAUUGAUCUGUUUUAUACCUGGUGUAUAUCAUUUGGUAAUAAUCUGUUUUGCUGUACAAGGACGGCCUGGUUAUAGUUUUUAUAAUCUACCUACGUUUAAGUGAAACCAUUGUUAAAUGUGAUUAUGACAGUGAAAAUGUCAGUCCCAGUAUACAGUGGUAUGUGAAAGAAAGAUGCGUGUUGAUUGAUAUUUUAUAGUUUGUUAUGAUUUCUUACAGAAUCUCAUUGCAUUCAUUGAAGAACUUUUUCUUCAGGAUAUAUUUAGCAAGGGUUUAAUGAAUAAUUAUUUCCUUGACAAUUGUUAGGGCUUAUGAUUUUCAAAUACUUUGAUAUAAUUUUGAAACUGAAUUCCAUGGGAACACAUUUUUGAAAACAAUAACAAUUGGUGAAAACAUAAAAAUAUCAGUCAAGAGUUCUUGUCAGAUGUUUUUGUAUCUCUCGUUUAACACUAUUCACUAACAAUUGACAAUCAACAGAUCAUUUAUUAGGCAAACUGCAUGCAUUGUAUUUUUCGGCCAUGAUGGUCUCAUUCUGUCGUUGAGUGGAAUAUUUACCCUACUUUACAACAAACAUACAAUUGCAUUCUUCCGAUAAAGUUUCAUAAAUUUCAAUGUUUAUAAAUGAAAUAGUUAUCUAGAUUUUGUUAGUUAAUCAUUUUAAUCGAUGUCAGUAACUGCAUAAUAUUAUAUAUGUCAAAAACAGAAACUAUACUUUUCUGAAAUGGACCCCACCCCCAAAUAUUUAUCUUUUUCCUAAAAUAGAAAAAAAACCAGUCUUUAAUUGUAUAUACUAGAAUAUUUUACUUUCCAUGUUUUUAGGGAUAGUUAGUCUUUAUCUAAAGAAUUUAGCACAUAUCAUUUUUGAUGUUUUUAUUUCUGUUUUCUUUACUCAAAAUUUCAAAGAUAUGAAAAUAAAUUCCCGUGAUAGCAAAAAGUUAAAGGUCAAAGAUAUUGAAAACAUAUCAAAGCCCCCCUCAAAAGAGUUUAGAAAAUGGUCAAGAAAGAUUCCAAUCUUUGUUUUUUUUAGGCAACUAUGCAUGUAAGUGAGUGUAUGAAUAAUAUCAAGGAUUUCUACCAUAGGUUCAAUAAUAUACAUUCUUUUUGUUAAUCAGACUAAUUUGUUAUCGACCUGGCCUUACAAAAAUGAUAAAAAGUAGGAACUUAUUAUGCUGCAAUAGAACAGAAAACCCCAGAACCACAUUUUGUUUUAGAUUUACUUUACAUGGAAAUUAGGAAAGCAAUGUACAGUUUUGUUACUUAUUAUAAAUUCAAGAAAAACUGUUGGUGGGUGCUUGAUGGAGUCAAGCGAUUGUUAUAUCAAAUACACUACUUUAAUGUUUUUAACUGCAUAUUGAUAUAAUUUUGGCUUUAAAAACUAAAAUUAUGUUUUAUUUUAUUGUUG